AGUUACUAUAGAAACAGUGACGAAGUGGAGGUUCGAAGAUUAUGCGAGAUCCCUCUGUAACAGCUGUCCUAUUGGUAAUUUUCAAUAGGGAUUUGUGUGAAAACUAUAUUAAGCACGGUGAAUCUCUCGUCGCAUCGGCUCUCAAUUCUUUCGUAUAGUACGUCGAAUUAAAAUUCGUGAUCAGCGAGACGUAACUCUUGCAUCAUUUGAAGCACAGUAUAGCAGAAGACAGUGAAAAACCGUUGGUGACCGUAGCCGUUAAGUGGAAAACUAACCUAACCUAGAGUGAUAGCGUCCUUAUUGGAGUUAUCAAGACUAGAUUUAUUUAAAUUUGAAGAACAUAAAAUAGUUUAAUUAAGAAACUAUAGAAUUAAGAAUGGACCCUGCAACAGUUAUAGCUCUUUGCAAAGAAAAUAUUCAACCAUUACGUUAUGGACGAAAUGCUGUACAAUUGGGAACUGCAUUACGAGCACAGGAAGAUACAGAUGCUCAACAAAUACUUUUACAAGAAAAGCAAAUGUAUGAAGAAGCAAUUAAAAAUUAUGAAGGAGAUGAUCCCUUAGAAAGUUGGUAUGAGUAUAUACUUUGGGUAGAACAAAGUUAUCCAAAAAAUGGACAUGAGUCACAUGUUGGAAAACUUCUGCAACAAUGUCUAGCUAUAUUUGAAAAAGAGAUCAAAUAUCAUCAAGAUCGCAGAUAUAUACGACUUUGGAUUAAUUAUAUAAGUAUGCAAAAAAACCCAUUAGAGUUAUACCAACUUUUGCAUAACAAUGGAAUUGGGACUAUGGUUGCAGAUAUGUACAGAGCAUGGGCUUUUGAAUUGGAACAAAUAGAAGAUUAUAAACGUGCUGAUGAAGUUUAUUUAAUGGGCUUAUCUGCUUUAGCAGAACCACAAGAUGAAUUAGACUAUGCUCACAAGAACUUCCAACUUGCGGUUGCGCGUAAAACAUUAGGACGUACGGAUGAUCGUAACGAAACAUCACUUUUUGAACAACGACAGGCUUUUAGUUCUUUAAGAGCAAUAAAAUCUGGUAAAAGAGUUGGCAGUGUUCGUACUGGACAUCGAGUACGUGAACACUUUCCCGGGACUGUUCCGCAAAUUUCAUCGACAAUACAUCAUAACAGACCAAAUUCCAGGAUACAGAUAUACCAGGAUGACCUAUUGGGUGAAAUGAAAGGUUCAAGUAUAUUAGAUUAUGUUCCAGUAGAAGAUACAAUACAUAAAGAAAAUACUAUUAAACCCGGCCCAUGGAAUAGCGGAAAUAAACGAUGCCCAUUAAUAACAUCUGCUAUAAAGUCCUCCUUUAAAGUUCAUGAGGAUCAACCAGAUGAUUUCGACACGAAUAAUCUACGAUUAUUUCCGAACCAUACCUAUUUUUUUGAUGGUAGCAAAUACCCUGAGUAUCUAACUGUGCCUGUAUUUGUACCAGAUCCUCCAAAUCCAAAUAUUAUAUUAAGGCCACAUUAUCCCAAAGAAUUAGUUUAUGCUAAUAAUAUGGAUCAAAGUAUGGAGGAAGUAAGAGCCCAAUUAUAUUUACAAAGAGCACAAACUCUAGAAAAAAGGCGCGACGUAGUAUCAGAUAUAAUAGAGACUAGCCAUCAAGUUCAGCAUAAAAAUUUUGAAUCUGAACAUCAGAGACACGAUAUAUCUUUACAAGAAUUACAAAGACAGAGGAGAGAGUUUGAACAACAAGAAUUAACAGAGAGACAAAGGAAAAUGGAGCAGCAACGCAGGGAAGCGGAACAGCUUGAGUUGGAUAGACAGAGACUUCAGGCUGAGCAACAAGAGUUGCAAAGACAGCAAUAUGAGGCUGAAAACCAAGCUUUGGAAACACAAAGGCGUGAAGCAGAACAACGUGAAUUAGAACGAUUGGAAGCCGAAAGAAUCGAAGCUGAAAGAAUCGAAGCUGAGAGACUCGAAGCGCAGAGAAUGGAAGCAGAAUUAAAUUCGCAACGAAAAUUACAAUCGAGUUUUAUGCAUCAGCAUCAUACCUCAUCGUUGAACACCGACCCCGAAGAACAUUUACUCGGACAGAGUCUUACGGUUAAUACGAAAGAAGCAAUGUCAGUCGUACAAGAUAUGUGGCGCUCUCCUGAACCAGUACCUUCAACUCCUAAUUUUCGUACCCCCAUGACACCUAGGAUUCCAGAUUCCAAGACUAAAUCAUCUUUUGACAUACAUAUGGAUAGUUCAAUGACACAGCAGGCAAUGUCAAGUAGUAAACAUCAUUCGGGAUAUAAUGUACAACCUUAUAAUGACCAAGAAAAUCACCAAAAUUAUACGGCUCAUCAAAGUUACUCUAAUCAAGAACAUCAAACCUCUUAUGGAAAUCCUGGGUUACAUAACACAUACCAAUAUCAAAUGCAGCAACAUCACGAGCAACAAGUACAACAACCUCAUUCUCGACCUCAUCAUUCACAUCACCAACAAUUAAUUCAAGCACAUCAGCAGCCUCAUGUAAUUUCCCAUCAUCAUACUCUUCCCCAUGUGCCGCAUUUGCAGUCUCAUAGCCAAAUUCAGCAUCAUCAGUCUCAUCCUCAACAACAUCAACCACCACAUAAUCAACAUCUACAUCAUCAGCCACAUCAAGCGCAUCAACAUAUACAACAUAUUCAGCAAGUUUAUGGCAAUAUGAUGCCAAAUGACGUAGCUUAUCAGCAGUAUCCAUCACAAUUAGAAUCUACAUUAUUGCAGCAAAAUAUAGAACCUCAGAAACAACUCCAUUAUCCUCCAUAUAAUGAACCGGACAUCGAAACCAGCAAACCAUACAGAAUGCCACCUGAAUUACCGUAUAUAAAGUCUCCAGGAAUGAAUCGUAGAGAUAUUAAGUAUCUUGAAAGUGCCGAAGAUAAAGAGAAUGCUAUCGUCGUUGAUUAUAAUGGACCAGUAGAAGAAAAUAUGACGCCAAAGCCAGCUGAAAAUAAUUUAUAUAUUGACGAAAGUCUUGGUAUCACUCCGUUGACGGGAAACAAUGAUACAUGUUUCACGGAAGCAUUUAGUACACAAUUAACGAGUUCUACACCUAUGACUAAUCAUUUUAGACAAUCUUAUAAAGUAGUAGAAGGAAGUUCACAAUAUCCAAAUCAGUGUGCUGCAUCUCAACCCAGUACGGAAACACCUAAUGGUGAAACUGAAGAGAAGUUGAGUGUCAUAUUAGAAUCCACUAGAGAAUAUAUUUCAAGUAGUUCUGGCAGUAGUACCCAUACGAGAAAUACUGUGUUGGGUUUUACAUUAACAAAAGAAGAUCUGGUUCCUAUAAAAGAACAGAGUACUAGUAUAGGUGAAGAAGAUGAAACAAAAGAUAUCACGGUUUCUGCGAACCAACCUUAUGAGCAAAAGCUUCAAGCCCAAAUUCAAGCUGUGCAUGCUCAAAGUCCGCGUACAGUGCAACGUAACGUGGAUCAAAUUACUUCUGAAAUUAAGAAGAAUUGCGAUCUACGAAAAUCAAUUAACUUUAAGUUUAACGAAAUAGAACAACAAGAAAAAGUUGAUUCAAUGGAAUGUGAAGAGCAUCAUGAACCAAUGGAAGAAACAGAAGAAGAAAGUUUUCAAUUACCUUCAGGAAAUAUAAAUCCUUUUGAUAGAAAUUUAAUAGCUGGUCUUUUAAAGAAAAUUAAAUUCCCCCAGCCACAUCAUGCAGAGGGAUAUGUGAGAUUAAAUAUUAACUUAAAUAAGCUUGUGCCUUCUACUAUGAUUACGCUUGGUACUGAAGCGUACGAUUUGGGUAAGUGCCUUGGAAAGGGAACGUACGGUACAGUAUUCAAAGCAGUGAACCUGCAAACAGGUCAAACAGUUGCCCUAAAAACUCAAAAACCUGCUUGGGUUUGGGAGUUCUAUAUCACUAGGGAAAUAAAAAGUCGUCUUACUAAUCCACAUAUGUUACGCGGAUUUAUGGAUGUCUCAAUGGCAUAUGUGGCAAAUAAUAGUAGUGUACUAGUUUCAGAAUAUUCUAGAUUUGGAACAUUAUUAGCAGUAACAAAUCAAAUAAAAAUUGCCACGGGUAAACCGUUAUUAGAGCACUUGGCUAUAUUUUUCACGAUUGAAAUAUUGCAAAUUGUGGAAUAUUUACACAAAUGUCAAAUUAUACACGGAGAUAUUAAACCAGAUAAUUUUCUCUUAAUGCGUUUACCAACAGAAGAUGUAAGGCCAACAAUACAGUUAAUAGAUUUUGGAUGUAGUAUAGAUAUGAGUCUUUUGCCGGAAAAAACGACAUUUACUACAAUCAUCAAAACAGAAGAUUUUACAUGUAUUGAAAUGCAAACUGGAAAACCAUGGACAUACCAAACUGAUUUGUAUUGUUUAGCUGCAACAAGUCAUUGCUUACUAUUUGGUAAUUAUAUGAGAGUUUCAAAUAUUGGUGGUCGCUGUUUUAUCACAUCGAAAAUACCAAGGUAUGCUAAGAAAGCAGCGUGGGAGCAGUUCUUCACAGAAUUAUUAAAUGUUGAAUCUUGCGAUAAAAUGCCAGAUUUAUCAAAAUUGCGCAAUAUGAUGGAGGAAACAUUAGCGCAGAUGACUGACGCGCAACAGAAAUUUAGAAAUUUUGUCAAUAUUUUAAACAAACGAUAACACUUACUGAAUAUAUUGUAUCAAACGUUGUGUCCCAAUGUGUGCACAUAUUUAGUAAAGAACCAGCAUUUAUUAAGAAAAAUUAAUGUUACUAUGCUAUUUAUUAUCAAAGUUAAUACUAUGGUGAUAUAUGUAAUACACGGUUAAUAAUACGUAAAAUGCACUUCAUGGCCUGCUUCGUGGAGGCUUUAAUGAACUAUAUUGCUUGCACAUAAUCAAUUAUAUUAAAAAUACUAAAUAUUUCAUUAAAUAAAAGAAAAGAAGAGAAACUUUCCAAACUGAAGAUAUUACAGACAUUUUAUGCUCCAUAAGUUAUAAAAAUGUCUUUCAAGAUACCUCGUGACGCAGUACCUGGAUGUUAGCAUCUGUCACGUAAAUUAUGUAAAGGCAGAUUUGUAUAAUAAAGUUGAGUAAAAACAAAACUUUGAGAAAAACGAAUAUGUAAAAAAAUAAAUAUUUAUAAUACAAUGCGCGUGAGAUAAAUGCGGGUUGUUUAACUACAAUGUUUUAUAAUU